AUGAAGCAUAAACUGGAAACCUUUGUCGACUUUCCGAUUCAUGACUUUGAUCUAACAAAUUACGUAGCUAGCAAGAAAAACGCUCGACGUCAACUUUAUGAACUCUAUGCCUUGACCAACCACAUCGGCGGAAUGGGUAGCGGGCACUACACUGCGCAUAUCAAGCUUCUAGAUGAGAACAGGUGGUAUAGUUUUGAUGACAGUUGUGUAUCGCCCAUAAAUGAAGAAGAGGUGAAGUCAGGAGCUGCGUAUGUACUCUUUUAUCGGCGUGUUGCGACUGAAGAUGCUGAUGCUAGCUGCUAA